AAAGUAAAAUGUCUCGAAAGUAAAUUUAAUGGGAAUGAUAAAUACCGUGCCUUUCCAUUGCUGGAGGUUUUACGUAUUCAAAAAUUAGAAGCAUUAGAGGAUUGGUUUGAGGCAGGAGUAGCUGCUGAAGAUGGAUGUUUGUUUCCUUGCUUAAUUCAACUGGAGCUCGAAAACUGCCCGAAGUUGAAAGAGUUGCCCUCUUUGCCUCCUAAGCUCAAGAGGUUGUAUAUAGAAGGAACUGGGUGGGAGACUUUGAAUUUCUGUAGCAAUUCAAAUCCUAUUCCCCUUGAAACAUUAUGGGUCUGUAACUGUCCAAACAUUACAUCUAUUCCUCUGGCUGAUGAAAUAGCAAGGCUUGCAGCACUAAGAUCCUUGAGAAUUAGAGAUUGCCCUAAUCUGAUCUCUCUGGGAAGAUAUCGAGAAGUGGAGACCACUAAUAAUUGCCAUCUCAUGCUCAACGAUCUUUAUAUAAGUGAUUCAUCUUUGUUGCUAAUGGAGCCACUGAGAAGUAUCGCCUACUUAAAACAGCUCUGGAUUACGUAUAAUGAUGAGGUGGAUUCAUUUCCAAAUGAGGUGGAGCAGUGGUUUCUGACUGUUAGGUCUUCUCUUUCUGAUCUACAAUUUUUUAGGCUGAAAUCCUUACAGUCUCUCCCUUCCACCUUCGAAAGCUUAUCUUCACUUCAGUUUCUAUAUAUCCAUGGCGUUCCUAUGCUUCGGGAAUUACCGAACCUUCCUCCCUCUUUGGAAUGUCUACAAAUUGAGAGAUGUCAUCCAGAGUUAAAGGAGCGCUAUGGAGAGGACGGAGGCUCUGAUCGGCACAAGAUUGUUCACAUUCCUGAUAUCUUUAUUUGUUAAUGAAAAUUUCUUUCAUUUCAAAAUAUAAGCAAACUUCUUUCUUCUUAUCUUAUUUGUUUGAUAUAUAUGAAAUAUGAAGAAUGUAAUCUCACAUGAACCACUUUGUAUGUACUCAAUUUUAUAAUACUGAUUUGAAAUGA